AUGACGAGUAAUACUAAUAAUAAAACUGAUCCAAGUGAAAAAUUUCCUCAAUUAUACAAGCAACCCAUUCUGGCAGUGGAAUAUAAUAAUGUGAUAAAUCAAAACAAUAGAGAUUCUUCUGAUUUAUCACUUUCGAAAUUAUUUAAUUUGCUUUUAUACUUGGAAGAGAAUAUAAAUACAAUUCAGGAAGAACUUGAUAUUGUUGGUUAUACUAAUGAAGAAAUAGCAAAAGAAGCCGAUAAAAAUGCAAGAGUGUACCUCCAAAGAUUUGAGAAAUUUCAUGGCCCCUUAAAAGAUGAUCUAGGUGUGUUAAUAAAGAAAUUCGCUGAUAUAGAGGUAAAAAAAAUUUUGGUUUACUGA